CCGCCUGCAAAACGUCGCAAGCGGAAUGUUGUCAACGACGACGACGACGAUCAGGAUGAGAGAUCGACUCCGGCGAAGAAGAACAGCCUGAACUACUAUUUCUCGUCGCCAGAUGCUAAGAGCAACGCUUUGCGCAAUACCACACGAUCAUCUCGUGCGACUUCUGCUCAGACUGCGCCUGCUGUGUCGACUCGCUCAAGCCAAUUCAGGCCGCCGCCGCCGUCCAAGAGCCCCAGCCAAAGUCCGACAAAAGCCAGAAAGCCCAUCGAUGAGAAGGGGAAGUCUGCCAACAUCAGAACCCUCUUCUCCAAGCAGUCCCAGAAGGCCAAGACAGAGCUAAAGUCCCAUGGGCGCCCGGGCAACAAGCCCGAGGCCCAAACACUCGACAUAACCAGCGACCCGCUUUCCGAAGACGAUGACGAAGACAUAGGCGUCCACAGGGCUUCAGGUACAAGUCUGGUGGGGAAGAAGGCACAAAAAAGGUCGAGGGAUCACCCGGAGCCGGAUCAAGCUUUGGCUGCAGCGAAUACUAGUGCCAACCAGAGAUUCCUGCGACCUUCACAGAACCCCUCGUCUGCCGACGGCAUCGACCAGCGGCCCUGGUCUGAGCGAUUCAAUCCCGAGAACCUGGACGAGCUCGUCGUCCACAAAAAAAAGGUGGCAGAUGUGCGGCGGUGGCUGGAAGAUGUCCUGGGCGGUCGCAUGCGCCAGCGUUUGUUGGUCCUGAAAGGCUCCGCGGGCACGGGGAAGACCACCACGAUGCGGCUCCUCUCCAGAGACAUGGGCUUCGAAAUUCUUGAGUGGAGAAAUCCUGAUGGUGCUUCUGGCUUGACUUUAGGGACACAGUCCUCCUCGUCAGCACAGUUUGAAGAGUUCGUGGGCCGAGGACGUAAGUUUGGGCAGCUAGAAUUCGACGUGGAAGACUUCGGCCAGCUGUCAGACAAGACAGACAAGACAUCCCGAGAUGGCCCUGGUGACGAUCGCAGAAGGGUCAUAUUGAUUGAAGAGUUUCCGAACACGUUCUUGCGAUCUGGAAAUGCCCUCACGUCUUUUCGGAGAACCGUGCUGCAGUUCCUUGCGACGAACACACCGUCUCUGGCGGUUCUCGGCCAGAAUACGGCGGCAGAACCCGUCAUACCGGUAGUGAUGAUCAUCUCCGAGACGCUUCUGACCACAACUUCGGCCUCUGCAGACAGCUUCACAGCGCACCGUCUUCUGGGGGCUGAGAUUCUCCGCCACCCGGGUACUGGUGUCAUUGAGUUCAACGAUAUUGCGCCAACCUUGUUGGCCAAGGCUCUCGAGCUUGUGGUCAAGAAGGAGGCAAGAGUGUCUGGACGGCGACGGACCCCUGGGCCACAGGUGUUGAAGAGGCUCGGCGAGAUAGGAGACAUCAGGAACGCCGUCUCGUCACUUGAAUUCCUUUGCCUCAAGGGCGAUGAUGAUGCAGACUGGGGCUCCAAGGUCACAUUCACCAAGACCAAGAAGGCCAGCAAGGACCAGGCCCUGACCAGGGGGGAGCAGCAGAGCCUCGAGCUGAUCUCGCAGCGCGAGUCUAGCCUUGGAAUAUUUCACGCUGUCGGUAAAGUUGUUUACAACAAGCGAGACGAGCAGCCUUUUGCCCCAGGGUCAGAAGAAGCGAUAGCAGAAGCCCUACCGCCACAUCUGACUCACAUGAGUCGGAAUAAACGGUCUCAGGUCGCGGUGGACGCCCUGAUCGACGAGACCGGCACGGAUACUUCUACUUUCAUAUCAGCUUUACACGAAAACUACGUUCUAUCUUGCGACCGGACGAGUGCCGCUGAUGCAGGCUCAUCAAUAGACUAUAUUAACGGCUGUAUAGACUACCUGUCCGAAAGCGAUCUCCUGAAUCCGUCCUGGGACAUCUUCUUUGGAGGCAAGGGCUUUUCUGGCAGUGGGAGGGACCAGGGUAGUCACAUUCUUCGCCAGGACGAGAUGGCAUUCGAAGUGGCAGUACGUGGGCUGCUCUUUUCCCUGCCUUGCCCGGUGAGGCGCAAGAACGCCUCGACCAAUAGAGGUGGCGAUACAUUCAAGAUGUUUUACCCAACGAGCAUCAAGCUCUGGAGGAUGAAAGAGGAGCUGGAAGGCCUUGUGGAUCUCUGGGCAUCCACGAUGCUGAAGAGGGACGAUCACGCCUCGGCCUCGACUCCGCAGUACAUCGACCAGAGCGUUUCGAAUGGUGCUUCUAAUUUCCGCAAGAGCAAGGCAGGAAGUGUCGGUGACUGGGUAGGCAAUCGCGGCGAACAAAAGUAUGCAGUUAAGAUCCAAUCCAAGGCCGCCGCGGACCACUCAGGGGAAGAGGCGGCGCCGCUGCUGUCUCUGGGCACUUCAGCACGCCAGGAGAUGAUACUGGAGCGACUGCCAUACAUGGCACAAAUGAUGCGACACCGCCGAACGUCAUUCUAUUCACUGGGACUCCGUGAUCUAGAGAAGGUAGUGUCAUUCCAGGGCAUAGGCGCACCGGUGGAUGAAGAAUUGGACGAGGAAGCUGAAGAGGCCACUGACCCUACCGGAGAGAGCUGGGCUACAGACAAAUCCACAGAGGAUAAAACACCUAGAAAGAGAUGGACCACAGCGAUCAAGUCACGAAGCGAGCAGAGCGAGGGCUCCAUGAUCAGCAGUCUUCAGGUCCACAAGCUGGUCCUCAGCGAUGAUGACAUUGAGGAC